AUGAAACCAGAUCGUAAACAGAGCAAGGGAGCUUUGAGACGGCUGCGAGGCUGUGAGGUCCAGAGCAGUGAGCUCGAUGAGAUCCUGCAGGAACAGGCUGAAACCAAAGGCUUGAGGCCUCGUCGACCCUGGGAGCUUUUCACAGAUCGCUCAGUACGCUGGCAGCUCAUCUCCGUCAUGAUCAUCAGCAGUGCCAUGCAGCUCUGCGGUAAUGACUCGAUUUACUUCUAUGCAUCGUAUGUUUUCAAAGAGGCUGGAAUAUCUGCUGAUAAAAUCCAAUAUAUCACAAUUGGCACUGGCACAUGUGAAUUCACAGCCUGUAUUAUGUGUAAUCUGCUGAUAGAGCGUAAAGGUCGGAGAUUCAUGCUGAUGGGCGGAUACAUCCUCAUGACCAUCUGGGCUGUUGUCUUCACAAUUGCUCUGUAUUUUGAGCACUAUGUAUCCUGGAUGCCGUACCUGAGCAUGACCUGCAUCUUCACCUACAUCCUCAGCUUCGGCAUGGGACCAGCUGGAGUGACGGGCGUUCUGCCCACAGAGAUCUUUAAUCAGACCGCUCGGCCUGCAGCCUACAUGAUCGCUGGCUCCAUGAUGUGGCUUAACCUUUUCAUCACAGGAAUGAUCUUUCCAUUUCUAGUGAGCGGGUUGAGUGAGUACUGCUUUGUGCCUUUCGGGGCGAUCUGCCUGCUGUCUGCGCUGUACAUCGGCCUGUUUCUGCCUGAGACGAAGGGGAAAUCUCUUUCAGUCAUCACAAGUGAAUUUCACAAGCUCAACUUCAAAGGGCAGGACGAGAAGCAAACUAAAGCUCAGUAUCAGCUCGGUGAAGUGUGUCACUCCACAGCCUUGUAG